AUGGACAAUCAAAACCAGACCUCAAUUAUAACAUAUUUUGUCCUCUUGAGAUUUUCAGAUAACUCAGCAAUGCAGGCUUUCCUGUUCUUGCUGUUUUUCUUUGUGUAUGGCAUCACCUUGCUGGGGAAUGUUACAAUUAUCAUAGUAAUACAGUGUAACAAUCACCUCAAUACUCCAAUGUAUUUUUUCCUUGGUCAUCUGGCAUUUCUUGAUAUCUGUUUUUCUUCAGUCACUGUUCCAAAGCUCCUAGUGAUUUUGUUUGUGAGCCAGACAAUUUCAUAUAAUGGCUGUCUCAUUCAGAUGUUCUGUCUUUUUCUCACAGCAGGCACUGAAACAUUCCUUCUGGCAGCAAUGGCUUAUGACAGAUUUGUUGCCAUUUGCAAGCCUCUGUAUUAUAUACAAAUCAUGAAUAGAGCAUUUUGUAGACAGCUAGUAGGUGGUGCAUGGACAAUUGGGAGUGGAUAUGCUAUGAUAAAUACAUUGUUUGUACUGAAACUAGCCUUCUGCGAAUCAAAUAUUAUCAGGAACUUCAGCUGUGAGUUUCCAUCUCUCCUGGCCCUAUCCUGCACAGACACUUCCCUAAAUGUAAUCAUACUUCUUGUAACUGGUGGUGUAGUAGGAAUUUCCUCACUCUUUAUUAUCAUUUUGUCCUACAUUUACAUUAUCUCUACUAUCCUGAAAAUGCAUUCAGCAGAAGCCAAAAGAAAAACUUUCUCCACAUGUAGUUCCCAUUUAAUUGUUGUGAUUUUGUACUAUAGCAUGGGAUCAUUUAGGUACCUGAGGCCUGAAACAGUUUCCUCAAUAGUUGUAGAUACACUCUUUUCUAUCCAAUAUAACAUUACAACAUCCAUGUUAAAUCCCAUUAUCUACAGCUUGAAGACCAGAGAAGUGAAGGAGAGCAUCAAGAAACUCAUGGGGUAUAAAUAA